UAGGGUUUCGAAACGGGCACAUCGCACGAGGGUUCAUUCCGUGUUUUCGUUGUCGCGGCGACGGGUGUGCAAUCGUUUUCGCGCUGAUUGCGUGUGCUAGAAUCCGCAUACCACAGAUAUUGUUGUUGUUGGACUGACAAAAGUCUGUCAAACCUAAAGUGAGUGGUAGAAGGAGAGCAGAAGUGAAGAAAAAAUACUGCGAAAGGCUUUUUUGCGAUGUGCGGUUUAUUAGAUCCGAAACGGAGACACCAAAUAUCGAUUUAGACGACGGACGGCGCGGUUGGUUUGGGUUUUCCUCUGCAAUCCGUAGUUUUUUUUCGUUCUCGUCAAGAGGGGAACUAUUGUGACAAGUGGUGGAAUGAAGUAAGCUGUGGUCACAAUCGACGUCGGAAGCGAACGGAAUUGCGAAAUUUUGGUGAAGUUUUCAUUUUGGUUCUUUCUGGAAGUGCAAACAUUAUCUAAUUUUGGCGAAAAAAAAGUGACGGAAUAGUAGAAAUAUUGUUGUUGUGAUUGCAGAACGGGUUGAAAGUUUAUAAGAAUCACUUGCUCAAUGCAACAUUGUGUUGUUAUGGUUUAAUUUUGUUGCUUUUUGAGGAGCUGCCUUGCAAAAGAGGAUUAAGCCAUCGGCUCUAGCAGACUUGUGCAGAUAAGUGAACGAGUCCAGCAAACAGACAGACAGACCAUCGAAAAGGAAGAAAAUGUUGCAGCGCAGUGUCGAUUAGCUCGUGAAGCUUAUAGAGUGUCAAUUACUGGAGUGUAAAUGUUCCUAUCUAACUGGCCCCGCGAAGUUGGGAAACCCUGUGGUGGAAGUGAAACUGUGGAGAGUUGUUGUGCGUCAUAAUUUAACAAUCAAUUCGCCAAAAUGCCGGUGGUUCUGAACGGUUCGAUACCGUUGCCCAGCAUUCGGGUAUACACCAGCGCCAGUGUUCUGCUGGUUUCGAUUUGUUUGUAUUACGCGGUUAUGGUCACGAAUGAUCCCUCCUGGAGGCAGCAAAGCAAUGGUACCUCCACCCCGACCAACGUAAAUGCGAUUCUAUCGGGUGGUGCCGCAGGUGUCGGGGAAGCGGCCACAGCAGCCGGUGUGGUGGCCGGUGCUGCCGGCGGAGGUGUUGCCGCUAAUGGCGGUAGAAUCGGGGACACGUUGGACUCCCUGUUGGCGGUGAAGGAAAUCGACGAUUUGGAGGAGAAGAUCCUUGCGGCGACCGAUGCCGACUUGAAAAGGAUGCUCGAACAGCAGACAGCGGAACUGUUGGGGAAUAUCGCGGCGAACGAUUCGAGGUCGAUUGGGGCCCACUUGAAGGAUGUUGCCUCGUUCAUGGGCAGCGAGCCAUUUUGUAUUUGGACCCUGAUCAACAUGGCGUACUGCUGCCUCGUUCUGCUGGGCAAGUCAAUACAGAAGGUGGUCUUCGGAGAACUAAGAAUUUCCGAACAACAGCACAUCAAGGACAAAUUUUGGAACUUUAUCUUCUACAAGUUCAUCUUUGUGUUUGGCGUUGUGAACGUGCAGUAUCUUCAUGAGGUCAUCCUGUGGGUGUCGUGGUUUUCGGUCCUCGGCUUCCUCCAUCUCAUGGCCCAGCUGAGCAAGGAUCGUUUCGAAUAUCUCUCCUUCUCGCCCACGACCCCGGGAUGGUCCCACUUCCGGCUGAUUGCCCUCCUGUCGGCAAUUCUCACCCUGUCCGGCUUCAUGCUAAUCGUUUCGAUCGGAGUGGGCGUCUUCAACGGCGUCAACACGUUUGCCUUUAUGGCGGCUGAGUGUGUACUACUUUCCAUUCGAACCCUACACGUGUUGAUUCGGUAUGCGAUGUUUCUUUACGAUAUGCGACAAGGAGGAAUCACUCAUGAAUCCAUUUCGUGGGACAAACGUGGCCCGGUGGCAUACUACAUCGAACUGGUGUUUGAGGUGGCCGCCCUCUUCAUGGAUUUUGGCCACCAUCUGCAUAUGUUGCUGUGGAGCAAUAUCUUCCUCUCGAUGGCAAGCUUGGUGAUAAUUAUGCAUUUAAGAUACCUGAUCAACGAAAUUCAGCGCAAGAUCAAGAAGCAUCGGAACUAUCUGUGGGUGUUGAAUCACAUGGAGAAGAGCUACCCGCUGGCGACGGCGGAAGAUCUCAAGCAGAACUCGGACAACUGUGCGAUUUGCUGGGAGAAAAUGGAGACCGCCAGGAAGCUGCCUUGUGCGCAUCUUUUCCACAAUUCAUGUCUCCAAUCCUGGCUGGAACAGGACACAAGUUGUCCCACGUGUCGUCUCGGAUUGAGCGUCCACAACAACAACGCCAGUAUUUUGGAAAACGAGAUCCGCAUCGAUGACACGGAGCCGGCCGGUCGUACCGCCAACAAUCACUUCUUCCAUUUCAACGGAUCCCGUUACGUUUCCUGGUUGCCAAACUUCUCCGUGGAGGUUACCCACAUCAAUACGGUCUUGCGGAAUGAUCCCAUUCCCCGGGAAACGGCCGCAGCAAAUCAUACGUCCCAGAUAAGAAACAUGGCGCGGCAUGUGCAGGAGAUGUUCCCCCGCUUCCCGUUACCUACCCUGAUAGCGGAUCUGCAAAACUCCCGCUCGAUCGAAGUAACGAUCGAUAAUAUCCUCGAGGGACGACUGCAAGUCCCGGCCCGAUUUCAGGAAUUUGACGAUCUACUCGACGACGAUCCGACGAUUGCCACCACUCCAAACGUUUCCCUCAACGAAAGCAACAACAGUAGUGGCCACUUGAGCAAUAGCAACAGCUUCAUCAGUACUGGCAGUAGUCCGCCAGAUUCGCCAUCUUCUCCGUCGGGGGUUGAUUUCCCUGCGGUAACCGCCAACGAUUACUACGUCAAUGCGAACGAAUUCCAUCCGAACGGCCACUACGGGUCGGUCUCGACACCCCCUUCUCCUGCCGGAAGCAGUGGUAGCGGAUACGAGGUCGAACGCAACACCAAUAUCUUUGGCAAUUUCGAUAACCUCCUGCGGGACGACAGUUUCGAUGAUGUUAUACCUCUCGGGGAGCGAUUUUCCAAAAGCUCCGAGGAACGAGAGCGCAUUUUACAGCGACGAAAGGAACAGCUGCUUUUGAUCGCGCGAAGAAAGUACGUGGAGAAGAACAAAUCCGAACUGAAUCAGAUGCCACAGGCCGGCUACAGCCAGGGUGAUGCCAUUCGACAUCGGAACAAAAGCUGCAUGGAGGAAGUUCCGCAGCAGAAGCAGCAGCAGUCGCCAUUUAAAUAUUCGUCCAUAUCCUCCUCGAUCUCCUCCUCCUCGACAUCGUCGUCAGCGUCGGAGAUUAGAAGUUCCCCAUCUAACACAUCAUCCUUUUCGUCCGCGUCACAUUCGUCCUCCGCCGUUGCCAGUGGAAUUGUUGCUAUCGUGAAUGUCACCACCACCAGUGAGCAACAGCAGCAGCAGCAGCAGCAACAGCGGCCAAAUUAAGUUUACGUUAGUAGUGAGUGCAUCUUAUAGGCGUAAACAAUUUUAAAACAAAACAUUGUGAUUAUUAUGGAAUAGAAUGUAAUCAAUUAAGUAAAUUUGCAAACAAACAACAACAAAAAAUUGAACAACAAAUAAUACACGGGCGGGCGGAAGCAGAAGCUUU